CAAUGCACUGCGCGCACGGCUCAUGAUGUAACCAGCGAGAAAUUUCCGGAAGGCUGUGACGUUUGCGCGCUUCUCGAAGGUGAAAGCGGCUCUUCAGUAAUUACAGAGAUUGUUGUCCAUUAGGCUGACCCAACGAUGUUGGUGGCAAGGCUGGCGUGUCUACGGACUCUCCCUGUGGUCGGGCUGCGGUCAGCCUUGACCCAGGGUGCCCCCGCGCUGCGGAGCUCCACCCUGAAAGCCUGUCCACCUUUGCUGAAACCACAGCAGGGUUAUUCUACCAGAGCCAGAUUUGGACUGCGGCGGAGCAAAACAGCCAAAGAUCAGCUACAGGAGGCGGCGUUUGAGCCAGCGACUGACACGGCUAUUAAAAUUGAUAACUUGGGCAGAAUUAUUCUGGCUGGAGGUGCAGCAGUUGGACUGGGAGCGCUGUGCUAUUACGGCCUGGGCAUGUCCAGUGAGAUUGGAGCCAUAGAGAAAUCUGUUAUCUGGCCGCAGUAUGUGAAGGACCGGAUCCACUCCACCUACACGUAUUUCGCAGGGAGUGUGGGUCUAACGGCUCUGUCCGCUGUGGCGGUCAGUAGGACCCCAGCUCUAAUGGGGCUGAUGAUGAGAGGAUCCUGGCUGGCUAUUGGUGCAACGUUUGCUGCUAUGAUUGGUGCAGGGAUGCUGGUGAGAUCAAUCUCCUAUGAACACAGUCCUGUUCCCAAACAUCUCGCCUGGAUGCUGCAUGCAGGUGUGAUGGGAGCCGUUAUCGCCCCCCUAACCCUGCUGGGUGGUCCGCUGAUGGUGCGAGCAGCCUGGUACACAGCAGGCAUUGUGGGAGGCCUGUCUACUGUGGCCAUGUGUGCUCCUAGUGAGAAGUUCCUGAACAUGGGGGGUCCUCUUGCUGUCGGCUUUGGGGUGGUCUUUGCUUCCUCGUUGGGUUCCAUGUUCCUGCCACCCACCUCUCCGUUUGGCGCCGGGCUGUACUCAGUAGCUGUGUACGGUGGUCUCCUUCUCUUCAGCAUGUUCCUGCUGUACGACACACAGAAGGUCAUCAAACGUGCCGAGACACACCCCCUGUACGCAGUGCAGAAAUACGACCCCAUCAAUGCAUGUAUGGGCAUUUACAUGGACACACUCAACAUCUUCAUGAGGCUGGUAAUGAUUCUAGCCAAUGGCGGAGGAGGAAAGAGGAAGUAGUGAUCAGGAGGAGGUGGAGGUGGAACUGUUUGAAGGGGGAAGGAAACAAAUCAAACUGAAUCCGACCCAUUCUUGCUUUUAGGUUUAACUGUUUGGGACAGAGAAAUGUUUGUUUCAGUUUGAAAAGUGUUCCAGCUGGAAGAUCUUGGAUGAUCAAAGGUUCGUCUUACCGAGAGUGAAGAACCAAGAACCGAGCGUCUCGCCUCUCGGAACAGGGAAGCUUCGCAUGGCUUUCCGUCAGAGUAAAUAUACAACAUCACAACUGAUGGCAUGUUUAAAUUCGCUCCACAGGGCAGGAAAACUGAGUCUGCUUUCGAGUUUCACUGUUCAGCAUUUUUGCUUAUUUAUUUAAAAAGUGUCUUAAUUGACUCAUGUUGGGCAGACCUGCCAGUAAAGAGACGCCUCUAUAUGCUGCUCUUAACUCCGGCCUCUAUAUUUACACGAUGAGCACUUGAUCCGCUCGGAGCGAAAUUCCAGUUGCAGUGUGGUCAGGGACGAUGCGAAGCUCUGGUGGUUUCUAAUGAGUUUAAACUUAUCACUUCUGUUCUUUAAUAAACUACGUCCGCAUCUACA